AGCCGCCCUGGCCCCGAUGGUUCCCGGGCGGCGCGGCCCGCGGCUCGGGGCCCGUAGAGCGGCCCAGGCGGCGGCGCUGGCGGCCUGCUGCGGCCUAACGGUGCUCCGCCUGGGAAACUGGCUGGGAGGCCUCGUCCAGGCGGCGGUUGAGAGCGCGGACAGGGACGUGCUGGGCGUGGACGUGCUCGUGGGGGACGCGUGGGUCGACCCGGUGUUCGGGGUGGGGCGCGUGGAGGGCCUGCAGGUGUUGAACCCCGCGGGCUUCUCGUCUGACCACCUGCUGCGGACCGGACGGCUGGUGCUGGACAUGUGGGCCGAGAAAUCAGCGCAGCGAGGUGAUCCUUCACCUUCUCCCCGCCCUUCUUCCCCUCUCUUAUCCC